CGGGAGGCGGGAAGGGAAGGGCCCUUUUCUGGGCUCCUCAGGUGCACGCGGGGAGCCUUCAGUAUGGCGGGGGAAGGCCGAGGCGUGUGCCCGGAGAGGGGACGGCUCCGUCGGCGGCCUCGCUGGCUCCCUGCUCCCUCCCUGUGACUCACUCUGCGUCGGCUUCCGCAUCUCUCGGGAUCAUGUUCGGACUUGUCGGGCCGUGGCCGGCAGAGGCGUUAAGCCCGGACUUGCCCGUGGACGAGUAAACAGGCGGCGCUAUUUAAACGCGGCCCGUCCUUCUUGUUGAGGGGGCUCUGGGAGAGUGUCGGUCUUCUGGCUCCCGAGUCCCGGCGGUUAUGUCGGGCAAAUGUGCAAUACUAAGAUGGCUUCUUCCGCUGACGACCCCACUGCGGGCACAUCCGGCAUCAACCAAACGGAUCACGAAGCGCUGGUUAAACCCAAGCCACUAUUGUUAAAACUUUUAAAGUUUGCUGGUGCACAAAAAGAUACUUUUACUAUGAAGGAGGUAAUAUUCUAUAUUGGUCAGUAUAUUAUGUCUAAACAUCUAUAUGAUGAAAAGCAACAACAUAUUGUCCAUUGUGCAAAUGAUCUUCUUGGUGAUCUCUUUGGAGUACAGAGUUUUUCCGUAAAAGAACACAGGCAGUUAUAUUUGAUGAUUUCCAAAAACCUGACAACAGUCAAUCAUCAAGACUCUAGUAAUGUUAACACAUCUGUGAAUCAGUCCAGGUCCCCGCUAGAAAAUGGAAAUGCUAUAAAGCAGGAAUCAGUGCAAGAGUCAAGUGAAGCAACUACUUCUAGAAGGAGAGCACGUAGUGAAACAGAAGAAAAUGCUUUAGAAGAGCCUAAUGAUGAAAGACAGAGAAAACGGCAUAAAUCAGACAGCAUUUCCCUUACAUUUGAUGAAAGCCUCUCUUGGUGUGUAGUAAGUGGUUUGUAUUGCGAUGGAAGCAACGGCAGCAGUUCAUCUGGCUCUGUAUCAAGCCCUGAUAAUAAUGCCAAUUCUCUAAGUGGAAAUUCAGAUUGGUUAGACCAGGAUUCACUUUCAGAUCAGUUCAGUGUUGAGUUUGAAGUUGAAUCCAUCUAUUCAGAAGACUACAGCCCUGAUGAAGAUGUACAAGAACUUACAGAUGAGGAUGAUGAAAUAUAUCAAGUAACUAUAUAUCAGACUGAAGAGAGCGAUAUGGAUUCAUUUGAUGAUGAUCCUGAAAUUUCACUAGCUGAUUAUUGGAAAUGCUCAAAAUGCAAUGAAAUGAACCCACCCCUUCCUCGCCAUUGCCCCAGAUGCUGGGCUCUUCGGGAGAACUGGCUCCCUGAUAAGAAGAGCGAAAAGCCUCAAGGGAGCAAGUGUGAAGAUGCUAUGCCAAUGGAUCCUGAGGAGGGCUUUGAUGUUCCAGACUGUAAGAAAGGAAAGACGGACGAAAGUAAAGAGGUGGAUGAAGCAGAACAGACUUGUGAAUCUCAGGAAAGUGAAGAAUACUCCCAACCAUCUACAUCUAGCAGUAUGCUUUGCAGCAGCCAAGAAGACUUGAAAGAGCCUGAGAAAGAAGAGGCUGAAGAUAAAGAUGGAGGCACAGAGUCAAACCUUCCUCUCUCCAGUAUAGAGCCUUGUGUCAUAUGUCAAAGUCAGCCUAAAAAUGGUUGCAUUGUACAUGGAAGGACAGGACAUCUUAUGUCAUGUUAUGCAUGUGCAAAGAAACUGAAGAAGCGCAAUAAGCCCUGUCCAGUCUGCAGGCAGCCAAUAGAGAUGAUUCUAAGGACUUACUUUUGCUAGCCAAAGAACAGGCAAAACUAGGCACCCUUAUUAUGAAUUUCUAUAGACUGAUAAUUAAGAGGAAAUUUAUGUAAAAGAAAAAGAUAUUUUGUAUAUGGAAGAGUUUUUAUCUUAUUUUUUUCCCUUUGGAAGAUUAACUAUUUGCACUAAAAUUCAUUGGCCGUUGAAAACACUGAACAAUUUUUGGUGAAUUGGUACAGAUUAUCCUCUGCAGUUACAUAGUUCUAUACAUAAAAACUUGUUAACAAGAAAGUUAAUGUAGUGUUUGUCAAGAGAUUACUUUUUAUCAGUUCUUGUUAUUGCAGAUCAAAAUUGCAAAUCAAAUGUUUUUUGUAAAUUAUAUUUAUUUUAAGAGGAUACAAACUAGACUUCAGGGGGUUUUUCUUAAGAAAAGUUGAUUUGCUUCCAUUACAUCCUUUUUCAGUCCUAAUUUAAAAUCAGGCAGCUGUAAGACCUGAUAUGGAGGAGAGAGGAAUUUAGCACCCUCUGGAGAGGAGGGGUCUCUCUCUGUCCUCUCAUCCUGGUGAAAGACUGUCAUCUUCUAUCUCAUGAGUUACAGCUACUGCCUGUGACAUCUGUGCAAGAAGGUGGUUGAGCACAUGUGCAGAUUUGGUUAGCUGAUGGUUAAUGAAAGGGGUGGGACCUAGCUCCAACCAUAUCUUACUUUGCUGGCCUUCUACAAAGCAGUAGUCUCUAGCUGGUAAGCUUUGCAGCUCCCAUGUUUAAAGUAUUUAGGGAAGGGGCAGAGCAUCUGGCCUAAUCCUAAUACUUAAAAUGUUCUCCUUGCUACAUCUACACUUGGCCCUCUUUGAAAAGCAUAGACUCCCUUUAUUCUCGCAGACCAUCCCCAAAACUAAAGAGCAGUUCAGAAUUGAGCUUUGGUACCAUAAGAAGAAAGAAUAACCUUGAGUUGCACCUUUGCAUUGUAGCCACCAUACUUGCAUUUUUGUGGUGAAAUUAUGGAGAAUUAAUUAAAUUGACGACAACUGUUUGUUUUGCCUUCAAA